AUGGGCUAUGUCUCUAAGGACAGCUGCAAUGUGUCUAACAAGAGCAAGUGUAGCAGGUUUUACCCAGAGCUGCUCUCCAGCAGGUUCGCCCAAGCCGUCCCUCCAGCUGCUGAGCUGGUCACCCUGCUCCUCCCGCUCAGAAGGGCCGUGGAUGUAAACGACAUCGAUCCGCUCUUCGGUUUGCUUGGGUGUCAGGCAUGUAGAAAAGGAGGCCACAAAGGCCGAGCAAGACAGUACACAAGUCCUGAAGAGAUUGAUGCCCAGCUCCAAGCGGAAAAGCAAAAGGCAAGGGAAGAAGAGGAGCAAGAAGAAGGAGGCGAAGGAGCAACAGGGGACCCCAAAAAAGAGAAGAAGUCUUUAGAUUCGGAUGAGAGUGACGAAGAUGACGACGAUUAUCAGCAAAAGCGCAAAGGAGUGGAAGGGUUGAUAGACAUCGAGAAUCCUAACCGCGUCAUUCAGACAACCAAAAAAGUAACUCAGCUGGACCUGGAUGGACCGAAGGAGCUCUCGCGACGAGAGCGGGAGGAAAUAGAGAAGCAGAAGGCGAAAGAAAGAUACAUGAAAAUGCACCUAGCUGGCAAAACGGAGCAAGCGAAGGCAGAUCUCGCCCGGCUAGCCAUCAUUCGGAAGCAAAGGGAAGAAGCUGCCAGAAAGAAAGAAGAAGAAAGAAAAGCAAAAGACGAAGCGGCCAUGGCAGGUAAAAGACUGCAGUCACUAUCCCUGAACAAGUAAGCACAGGACACGCGAGAGGAGGAAACGCCGGGGAACUGUGCCUGGUGCCUGCCGGGAGCUCCGUCGUGUUGCGUACCACCGAUGCCACGUCGGGCGCACUGCGGCAUCGACGUCACCUCCACCUCCACGAGACACCGACGACGUGUUUGUCCUCAUCCUGGCACAGAUUUCCAUUUGGGGUUAGGGGCAGCUGCUAUUCUCGGUGCGGAACUGUGCUGAACAGCAAUUCUCUGUAACAGUUUGGAAACCUGAAUGUUUUUG